AUGGAUGUAGAUUUUAUACAUUUUCGAGAGAACACACGGUUCUUCAACGGGCAUUUCGCCUUCACAACCCUUGGCGUUAGCCUUGAUGAAAGCUACACAAACAUGAAGUCUGGGGUGUACACAUUCCGGGCACACGGCACCAUCUACUACAAUGUGCAUUCGUUCGGGCCUAGCUCCCGUCCAGAACAUCUGCAGUUGUACUUCUAUGAUGACGACCCAAACCUAACUCAUCGUAAGGUGGCCACCAAGCAAUUAGACCAGGAUGUCGUGAAGAGGUUGUACAACAUCCUCGACUGGGCCAUGAUGAUGAGGAGGAUGCAGGUGUUGUGGAAGGCCCAGAUCAAGGAGAAUGCAAUGAGAAACCAAUACCUUCGUUGUAUACUACUUGAUCAGGAUGGAACAAAGAUGGAAGCAAUUGCCUACAUCAACCAAGCAUUCAGCUUCAACGCCGUGCUGCAGACCGGGAUGACAUAUGACUUCACUUCCGUCGGAUUCAACCCCACGGAAAUGCUAGAUGGACAUUUUUGGUAUAUAUGCAUGGAGUUUGUCAUCGCACUACAUUCUAGGACCGAGGUUAGCAUGUCGGCCCACAGGAUAUCAUCGACAAUUUGUCCACCGUGCUUCCCACAGCUCGGGGCCAUAUUGUCGCUACGGGACAAAACCAUCACUGGUGCAGCACCUUCAGCUUUGUUAUUGCACAUUAGUCCAUACAUAGCAUUGUCUCAUUAUGAUUACAUUUUUUCAGAUGUUGUUGCUAUUCUUGUCUAUGCUGGUAAGAUACAACAUCAGUGGGAUUCAAUAUAUAGACGACAUGUCCCUUUCGUUGAGAUUGGCCUCAUGAAUUUUCGAUAA